AUCCGGGCAGCGUUCCAGAUUCCUCCUGACGUGGAGUGGAGAUGGCCUGAGCCCGAGGAGAGGAUAUACCAUCGCCCGGCUGAUGGUUUUGUUCCGGUUUGGAUGGAGCAUCUUAGAUCCGGGUGGAACCCGAGGUGGCACAUCUUUUUUAAGCAUCUGUGUAAAUAUGAAUUCAAGUGUUCUCCGAUGCAGCUGACUCCUAAUGCCAUCAAGUGGAUGACCUGGUUCUUGGCGGCCUGUAAUAAGAAGAAUUACUACCCGACUUUCAAGCUCUUCCACAUUCUGUUUCAGUUCAAGAAGUCCGGGGUGAAGCCCCUUUAUGAGUUGCGUUUCCGUUCUAAGGAGCUGGGUUUGGGAGCCGGGUUCAUCAGCCCGGUCAUCCAUCAGAGUUCCCUGAAGGGUUGGAAUGGGGAGGUCCUCAUGUUGAAGGGUUUAGAUCUGGGUUUUAUGCCGUAUGUUGUUUCUGAUGAGAAACAAGUGAAGACAGAUUUUGGGGCUCUGGGUGCCGCGGGUGCGUUCCGGGAGCAGCUUCGCGAGUUUUGUGGUUGCCUCGGGUCCCAACUGACCCGGGAUUCAUUUAUGCAACACGAUAAGUUGCAUGGAUAUGGCUGUAAGUAGUGUUUUUCACCCGGGUUGUCUCUGUUGCUUGUACUUAGGAAUUUUCCGUUGUCUGCUUUCGUGUUUACCUGUUUGUUGUUCCAAUUUUUGUCUUGGUUAUAUGUUAUGUUGUUUCUGACCCGGGUGCUUCUUUCUUGUUUCAGGUUUGCCAUACUUCGACCCGGAUUUGUGGAAAGAAAUGGCAAGUGAUUCAUUUGCUGCCCAUCUGAAGAGCUUGGGGGCGGCUCACGUCCUUCCUAAGCCGGCUCCAAAAUCUAAGUCCGCGAAAAAGAAAGCUGAAUCCGGGUCAUCUCGGCAGGAGACAGAGGGUACGGGUACCUCCAGUGCCAACCCGGAUCCUAUCCUGGAGGUAGAGGAUCCGGAGCUUGGCGCUGACCAGCUGGGGGUAGAGAGUCCGGAUCUUCAGCCGAGGUUGAAGAAAAGAAAGCCAAGUUCCCAUGUGAAGAAAGCUACUGGGGUUGGAAGUGCAGACCCGGGGAAAUCGGCCAUUGAGGUCCUCGAUGUGGAUGUGGAUGCUGAGGGCGAGACCGGGCUGGUAUCGGAGGUGAAGAAGCCCGAGUUUGGGAAAUACUCGGUGAAGAAAGUUAUAGGGUUGAUGUCCGAGCUUCCUUCGGACCAGGACUGGGAAGUGAUGGGUGAAGAGGGUUUGGUGGAGAAUUUCAAAGAGAUUGGGAAUCUUUGGGGCCAGCUUGGUGGCCGUCUGGCCGGGUUCAAUACUAAUGCUUUGAACCAGUUGAAGAAAGAGAGGGAGUUUUCAGCGUCCACUUUGGCCCAGGCUGCAAAGUUGGAGAAGAGUCGGGAUAUGGAGAGGUCGGCCAGGGAGGUCUUGGAGUCAAGUAUGGCGACCCGGGUCAAGGAAGCUGAGGCCCUUAAGGAGGCUGAGCUCGGGCAGAGGGUUAAGGAUGCUGAGGUCCGGGCGGAUGCGGCUGAGAAGAAGGUGUCCGGGUUAGAGAAGGAGAUUGCGGAUCUGAAGUUGCAGCUGGAAACCCGGAGGGCUCCUGAAGAGGUCGUUGCCGAGUUUCAGAAAUCCACAGCCUAUGCAGAUGCUUUGGCGAAGGCUGCAGCCGCCGAAGUCAUGCGCUGUUGGACAGUGGCUGAAAAGCACAUCAAGACGGACCCGGCCGCCAAUGCCCAGAGUUUUAUCGACCUUUACAUUGCUGCAAAGAACAAGAUUUCUGCAGGCGAGGGGGAGCCCGAGCCUUAUGUUGACCCGAAUCAGGAGGUGGAUUCUGAUUCCUCUGCCGACUCGGAACCCCUGGCCGAUGAGACUCCUGCCGAUGAUCCUCCUGCUGAUGAUAUUCCCUCUGCUUAGUUUCUUUUUCCUUGUUUUGAAAUACAAUCAUUUGUAAGGCUGAAUUCUCUGCUUGGAUUUGGAUAUUUGUCCGGGGUCUAUGUAGAUCCUGGUUUAUGUAUUGUUGCUCUUGCUAUUUCCUAUGAAAUAUUCUCUUGUCAUGUUUGCCUAUGAAUGGUUUCGUUUGCUUUGUAUAUUGUUUUAUACAGGUGUA